AGAGCCGCGUCAGGGUAGCCAAUAGGCAGCAGCUUUAGUCUCUUUUUAAAGUGAAAGUAGGUGGACAGAAUCGAAAAAAAAAAAAAAAAAAAAAACCCACACACGGAAGACGAAGACUUUUUUCUCAUGUGGUAAAGAGCUGGCGUCAAAAACAGUGCUUGCACACUAUGGCGCUGUGGGAGCAAAUUACCUGCCAGUUACAGUACCUGCCAACUCAGACGCUGAAUGAACUCUAUCCGGACACAUUCCCACUGGACAUCAGGCACUACUUGGCCAACUGGAUAGAGGAACAGGCAUGGGAGAACUUUGAUGUAGACAACAUGGAUCAGGAGCCUCAGGCUCGAAGGCUGUUGGAUAAGAUGGUGCUCAUGCUGCAGGAAUUGGCCGCACACAACCCUAAUGUGGUGGAGAAGGUCAAACUUCAGCACAUCAGCAGAAACUUGAGCGUGUUUCAGCCACAACCCAUGCAACUUGUGAGAACAGUACGAGAUAUUCUGAGGAAAGAAAGACACUUAUUAGGACAAUGUAUGCCCAACUUCCCACCCUACCAGCCCAUGCUUGCAGGUCCUCCAGCUGCCAAUGGCACCCCACACCCUUCAAGGGAGGAAGGCAACACUGAUGUGGACAAUCUAGUGCUCAAAGUUUUGGAAAUUCAGAACUGCCGUCAAACUCUUCAUCAGCUACAAGAGGAGUUGAACUGGGAAAAACAGGAGACUGAGUCUGUGUCAGGACCAAAUGAAUUGGAUCCACAACAUCCAGAUCAAGUCACUAGAAAAAGUCGUAUACAGCAACUUGAGUACAACUAUUCAGUUUGUGCAAAGAAGCGUGUACAGUUACUUCAGGAGGCCUUGUGUGCUCUGGAGCAGUGCCAAUCCUGUCUGAUUCACAGGAUUAAGUCCUGGAGGUGGGAGCAGCACCGAGCCACCAUUGGCUUGCACUUUGAUGAAAACCUUGGCCCUCUGCAGACAUGGUGUGAGCAGUUGCUCGGGGUGAAUGGUAAUCUAAGGCAGGAGCUCAUGUUGGUGAAGAGGGACCAUGGAGGUGCUGAACAGUUUCACACGCUGCAAGACAGUCUGGACGGUCUUCUCCAGACUCUCAUUCAGAGUUCAUUGGUGGUAGAUAAGCAGCCACCCCAGGUGAUUAAAACCCAGUCCAAGUUCUCCACCACUGUGCGCUAUCUGCUGGGAGAGAAGAUGGCUCCAGGAAAACCUGUCUUGUUGAAGGCUCAGAUUAUUACUGAAGCACAAGCGAGGAACUUGGGCCAACAAGGGGUCAUACCUAAUGAAAAUGUAGGAGAACUUCUCAACAGCACAGCAAUCUUAGAACACAACACUUCCAGCAAGAGCACAUGUGCAACCUUUAGAAACAUGUCCAUAAGGAAGAUCAAACGAGCAGACAGGAAGGGCUCUGAAUCAGUGACAGAGGAAAAGUUUGCUUUGCUGUUCACCACAGAAAUAACCAUCACAGGCUGUGAGAGUCCUUAUGGCAUUCAGACAAUCACUCUUCCUGUGGUUGUAAUUGUACAUGGUAGUCAGGAAAUCAAUGCCAUGGCAACCGUUAUAUGGGACUGUGCUUUCUCAGAGCCUAACAGGAUACCAUUCGUUGUUCCGGAGAGAGUGCCCUGGAAGCAGAUGUGUGAUGCUCUCAGCAGUAAGUUUAUGUCUGAGGUGCAGACGCGGCGUGGCUUGGACAGAUAUAACCUUCACUUUCUCGCCCAGAAGAUCUUUGAUCAACCAGACAUCUCUGAAGACUUCAGCAACAUGCCUGUGUCCUGGGCUCAGUUUAACAAGGAAGUUCUGCCUGGUCGAAACUUCACCUUCUGGCAGUGGUUUGAGGGGGUGAUGGAGCUUACAAAGAAAUGCCUAAAAGACUAUUGGAGUGAAGGAUUGAUCUUUGGCUUUAUUGGGAAGCAACACCUCCAUGUCAUCCUGCAGAACAAACCCAAUGGCACAUUUCUUCUGCGCUUUAGUGAUUCAGAGAUUGGUGGAAUCACCAUUGCCUACGUAGGACCCAGUGAUAAUGGAGGCAGGAAAAUCCAGAAUAUCCAGCCUUUCACCAAGAAGGAUCUGGACUCAGCUGGCCUCGGUGACCGCAUAAGGGAUAUUAACUGCAUCACUCAUGUGUAUCCAGACCUACCAAAGAAUGAUGUAUUUAAUAAAUUCUUUACAGUGCCCUCUCCCCCUCAUCCUGAUGGAUACUUGCCAUUUAAACUAACAACAGUAGUCAACCCGCCAACAAAUCCCUCAGGUGACGACAUGGACAUGGAGACACUGGAGAAAUUUUUUUGGUAAAACGUUUUACCAAAAUCUCAAAAGGACAUACGACCCAUUUAUUCCCAAAGGAAGUGUAUCUGUAGGGAAACAUUAGAUAAACUUGUUUUGAACAUGUUGAAGGGCAUAUCCAUAAAACUCUGGUAAAUAAUGAGACAGUGGGCAGAGGGUGUCGUGUGCUAGGGAAUGAUUACAUGGGUUGUGUAUGUCUCACCAGCAAAACACACUAAACGUAAUGCAGUUAAAAGGAUCAGUGUUUUUUUUGGUUUUUUUAAAUCAACUUGUAGAAAUUAUAUGAAAUGUCCUCCAUAUGCAGGUGCAGUUUGUUUUUUCAGAUAAGCAUGUAGUAUCUAAAUUGAAAAGUCAUUCCAGAAAAGUUUCAGUCUUAUGACUAGUUUUGAAAGCAGCAGCAGAAAUUAUAACUGACAAGUGAAACAGGAAAUCUUUUUUUUUCCAAUCACGUGGUAGUAUUUUCCAUUGUAUCAAGAGAGACCAAAUAGAUUUAACUUACCAGACAAUUUUGUCCUCUCUUUCUAAUGCGGAGUAAAACAUUUAGGAAUCACAUUUUGUAAGUCCUGAAGUUUUUAUGCAGAAAACAGGGUUUCCAUGGUAGCCAUGGAAAUUAAAAAAAAUCUUAAAGUCUUGGGAAUUCCUACAGUGAAUAUAAAUAUUUUAAAUUAUGCUCUGCUCUAAAAUAUUUAAUCAGUUAGAUAUUGUUUUUGCGAGGACAGUAUAAAAAAUAUUUUAAAAAUCAUUUUGUAAUCACAAAUGCCUGGAAAGUAUGUGUCACUAGGGCAGGUUAACAGUAUUUGAGUUAUGAUGUCCUGAACAAAACUUUUUUGAUUUUCUAGGGAGCAAACACUCCUAUUUGGAUUAAUUUCAAAGGUGAGCUGAUAUGCUCAAAGGCAUCACUGCACCCUUUUAGACCUGUUCUUUUUAAGAGAUGUGUUUUUAUAAAACUGCAAAGAGUAACUUCCCAUGAUUCGCUGUAUUACGAUACGAUACAAUACUACUUUAUUUAUCCCCAGAGGGAAAUUGAGGCGUUACAGCAGCAGAGAAAUAGAUACCACAAAACAGAAAAGUAGCAAUACAGUAAAUGCAACAUAAUACAAUAAUAAAUAUUAAAAUGUUUUAGGCCAUGUCUCCAUAUAAACUUUGUUCAUCUGACAGUUUUUCAUUUGGCUAUUUUUUAUUUUGGGUAUUGUUUUUUGAUCACAUAUUUGCUAUUUAAUAUUCAGUAUUCUUAUGAUGCUACAGUCAGGUUUGGCGAAUGAGAUAAAUCACAAUUUGUCAAUUUUAUAUCAUAUCACUAGUGGAUUUUACAUUGUUAUGUAUCAUCUGCUCAUUUAGUGGCACACUGAUCUCUUACUCCAUUUUAACAUUAAUGUUACUUCACAAUGACAAACAUUGAUAAAUGCCUCUUUGGAAACCUAUCACAACCGUGUAAAAUGUUUUUGGUUUUUUUUGUGCACAAAAUAACAUUAAGGUUGUAUGUCCAAAUGAUGAAUACGUGUAGACAAAACACUGUCUCAGCAUAUUUUCUGUCUUAAUACUUUAAAUUGUCAACUUUCUUAAAAUUCAAAUGUAAUAUACAUAGUUUUGUUUCCUUUAAACUGUGAUUCUGCCUUCCAAAAAAUACUGUUCUAUAUGUUGUAAAAUAUAAAUCUUUAAUUUACUCAGUGGUUUGAAAACCACAUUAUCAAAUGGGAUGUUUUUACAAAGGUGCCAACAGUAAUUGUGGGUAUGUACUUUUGGAUAAACAAAUUCCUAAAGGGGAAUGUCACAAAUUUUUGUGUACGAAUUCAUAUUAAAACACACAUUUUUCAUGUAUUCACAGUGAACCUGCCUGAUCAUUGAUUCUAAAUAUGUCCCUCAACCACAUAAAGGUUUAGUAAUGAAAAAUGUAAAAGUUGAAAAUGUGAGGUUUUCCCUUUUAAGUCGAUGUGACAAAAAAUUUAAAGCAAGUAUAUGAGAAUCUGUUUUGUUUUUUUUUAAGAAAUGUUCAUAUUUCAGAUUCAUGUUUUAUAUUCAUCUGAUAAAUAAAAAAAUGCCACAGAA